GCCGCUGCCUUUCUUCUCUCUUGUUUCCCUCUCUUCGUCCUUGUUCGAGCUUUUUCAAUGGCUUCCAAUCGGAGCAAGCCAUCUCCGAUCUCCGCCUCAGCUGCUCCUCCUCCUCCUCGAACCCUAAACGUCCAGAAAUUUGCAGAAUGCCGAGCACCGGAGCUCGAAUCGCUGCACGAAAUUAUCGCCGGUCGGCUUGGACAUGGCUUCCGGAUCCAGCGUGAGAAGCGAAGGAGAACGACGGGACACCUGGUCGCAAAGAAUCGGCGCCGGAAACGGCGGAAAACGGUAGAUGGCGGCGAGGCGGAGGAUGGCGGGAAGAAGGUCUCCAGGCGGGCUCGUCGGAGGGCUGAACUUCAGAGGAAUCCGUUGACAGGAUUUUGUGUUUCUGGAGAUGGGACGAAGAGGCUAAGAACUCAUCUGUGGCAUGCGAAGCGGUUCACGAUGGUGAAGCUGUGGGGUUUUUACCUUCCACUUGGUCUGCGAGGCAGAGGAAGAGGCUCGAGGUCUAUCUUGAAGUGUUUGAAAUCUGGAACACUUGUACAUGAUGCUAGCUAUUGCUCUCCUAUCCAAUUGGAUGGUCCAGAGGAUUCCAUAUUGUCUGUUUUGAAGAUGGUCUUAUUGCCCUCGCUCUCAGAUGAUUGGAAGAAGCUAUACAAGCCCAUUGCUUAUGGAGUCUGUUAUGGCAAUGCAAUGCUUUAUCAUGUUGGAACCCAUCUGUCUCGAUUGAUUGCUCCAGUGAUGUACAUGUGGCGGCCAUUUGAUAGGGGCAAUGCGCACAUUUGUGUUGAACAAGAUCAUAAUUCUGGUCACUGUAGCAUACCUGAUGAAAAUAGCCACAGUAAUUUAUCUGACCGACAACUGUGGAUAUGGAUUCAUGCUGCAGCUUUUAAUGAAGGAUUUGAUGCUCUGACAUCUGCAUGUCAAAAGCUGAUGGAUGGGAGUGGUGUCACUGUUAGUUGUUCAUCGCUUGUUGGCCGCCUAGGCAAAUUAGAAGUUAUUGGGUCCAACGCAAAUCAAGCUAUUAAAAAGCUGCUACAUCCUGCGCCUGAAUAUUGUGAUAGGUCUGAUCAGGCUGCAUCAAGAUGCUCAAAUUCAAUAGAGGACCCCAUUUCUCAAGUUAAAAAAUCAUACAUUAUGCAUCAUGCAGAGCAUCUCCCAUCCAAUGCAGUUUUUUCUUUGAAAGUUUAUGAUCCCCGGGAUUUACCAUCCACAGGAAGUGAGUCCAUACCUGAAGUAGCUUUUACUAAACAAGAGAACAAUUUGCAGCAUGAUAAUGUCACAGAUGCCAAUACUGAAAUCUCUGCCAAUACUGAAGAUUUGUUGUCCUCUUUUUGGUCGGAACCUCGAUCUAACGGAGGUUUUCUUUCUGAUAGUGAAGGUUUGUGGGGCUCAAAUGAUAAGUUGAGUCCUCCAAUACAGGAAAAUAUCCUCUGUGAGGAGAAGCAUCUUAAGCGAUUAGAGUUAUUUUGCCUUGAUGAGUCUGACAACCUGACACCAGUAACUGGUUGUAGAAAGGGUUCUUUUCAAUUAUGCCCGCUUCUACUUUUGAAGCAUAAAGAUAUUGGAAACAUCAGUGCAGGAUGGUCUAUCAUUCUUCCGCUGAGUUGGGCUAAGGUAUUUUGGCUUGCCCUGGUCUCAAAUGGGGCUCAUGCUGUCGGCAUAAGAGAAAAGCGGUGGGUUGCAUGUAAUAACGGUUUACCCUCCUUUCCGUUUGAUUUUCCUGAUUGUGAAGCAUACUCAUCAGCCAUGGCUGCCAAGUGUAUUGAAACUGAUAGAAAUGCUGAACUUCGCCCUCCUGCUGCACAACCUUUAAAAGUCCCAAUACCUCCCCCAUGGUCCUGUGUGUUGUCAACUAUUGAAAGAGGACAGAGCACCAUUAAUGAUCAUUCAACACCAGUGAGCCAAGAAUCUGAUCAUGAAGCAGUUCUUGAGGGUACAUUGGUGAAGCCAGUUUCCGAGCUAUUAGAAUCAUCAUCAUCAUCAUCAUCAUCAUCAGAGCAAGCUGCACCAACUUUUCAAGGCUUCAUCCCAAGAACAUCCGAUGCUUUGAGUCAGUACAUAGAAAAGAAAGCUGAUAAACACUUGCUUUUGUUUCCUGAUCUUUCUCUCCCAACUGAAGAAAACUGGUUUGGCUGUCUCACCAGAUGCUCCAACCUUAAGCCUUAUGACCGUGAGCUAUGCUUUGUUAGAGUCCUCCUUCAUGCUUUCAAAGAAGGUUUCUUUGAAGAAGGUGCAGUCAUUUGUGCACCAACACCUACUGAUUUAUCUAAUUGGACAUCAAGAUCUGACGAGGAGACGGAAGGUCUGCAAAUUCCCCAGUGUGUUCUGAAAUCAUAUUUUUCACAGAAAGUUUCAGGAAAAUGGGAACUGCAUCUUCCAAGUGACAAUACAGCUUUUCAAACACACAGAUGGCCUAUUGGUUUCAUCACAUCCGGCUUUGUUCCUGGCAGGAGUGGCAAGCCAGUAGCAGUAUCAUACUGUGAAGCAAAACUGCUUUCUCUACUAAGAAACCAACAAUGGAGCAUGAACAAGAAGAGCAGGCCUGAGAUCUUUGUGCUAGUCCGUAAUCUCAGAUCCACUGCUUAUAGACGAGCCCUUGCAACCAUUGUUUUGGAACAGCAAAAAGAAGACUUGGACUUCAUUUGAGAUUGGGUUUGAGGAGAAGAACCUUGGUGCGAAAGCGGCAGAAUCCGUGCAUGGAGAGGACCUGGUUGGAAACAAGAAAGGAGAUGAUGAUGAUAAUGAUGAUGAUGAUGGGGGAGUAGUGCUUACCUGGUUGAGUUGAUCAACAGAGUACCAGCGGCGGUUACGAGUCUCGACGAAGAAGAGGUAUCCUUCCAGCGAGAGCUUCUCCUUCCUCUGCUCUGACAUUUCUGCUUCUUUUAUUUAUACUUUCUUUUUCUUUUCUCUAUCUACUCGUCUUUUGUUUUAUUUGUACUUGUGCUGGUCUUCUUAUUUAUUACUUUCUCUUCAGAUGAAAGGAAACUGACCCUUGUUCUUC